AGCUUUUCCGAUCGUUUUUAUUUCAACGAAAGCAACGUUACCGAGUGGACGUGGAACCGUUUGCCACGCUCGUUAAGUUUGCAGUUACCGCGCGUUGUGUUUUAUUUUACCUUACCCUUCACAUUUCUUCGCCUUUCUAGUGUUUUUUGAAGUGUUGUGUUGCCGUAAUUUUUGGCGAGCCGUGUGUGAGUGUGUUUUUGCGCGAAAAAGUCACAUCCACGGGGUAUAUUCGCUAGAUAGAGCGAUCGUUUCGGCGUACCCGUGGUGGGCCAAGAAGCGACGUUAGGAAGAAAAUAGCAGGAGGAUCCGCACCGAAGAGGAAAGCAAUGAAUUCGUAGCCCGCGUACACCACGUACUUGGUGAAGAUUUGGUACCACCGUGGAGGCUUUUUCCGACGCGUUUUCCAUUUCCCGUGCGUGAGCUAUUCGUCGAUUCGGUUUGUUACAUUUUUUUCCACCACGUAAGUGCAUCAUCACUGAUCUGGGUUGAUGUGUUUGGUGCACGCGAACCUCAAUAGUGCUAAAAUCUUCUGAGAGUUUGUCAAACUGCGAACAACAAUUCACAAUCACAGAGUGUUUCGUGAUGUGUGUCUACAGCACGGAGGAAAACGGUGACCGGAGAUAUUAAUUGUCCAAUUUCCAUCGCCCAAAAAAAGGUCGGGGUGCGUCUAGCCGAGUGUUUGAGAGUGUCUUUUCUCACCGAGCCGUUGUGUCGUUGACUUGCGUGUGUACCGGUGAUGAGUGGUUUAAUGGUGGUAAAGUAAUAAUUCUUUUUCGAAGGGGAGCAAAAAAAAACCCGUAAAAUUACACACGGCGACAGUGCAAUUGUCCCGAAAGCGAAGAAGAAAGUUUCACCAGUUGAUAAGAAAGCGCCCGGCACAAACAUCGCAGGGUUGAAUUUUCGGCCUCUCUCUCUGUGUGUGUGUCUAUGUAUGUUCGCAAUACGGCAAACCGAUAAGUGGCGUUUCAUGUUGGUUGUUGCCGGCCCUCAGAUCGUGGCGGCACCGGGAAAAGAGUGUGAAAAAGCGUGUGCGCGUGUAGGUGAAACGGUAAUUUUUCCUUCGAGACGCCGGUACGGAUGAAACGAAAUUGAAGGCAGAGGGAAAAGAGAAAAAAACAAAACAACCCCCCCAAAACGAAAAGGUAACCACCCCAUAUGGGGAUAUGGCCCUAACCCUUACCCGAAGCUAGAAAGGUUGACCUUUCUACCAUUCUACCGUUCGUCCCCACGUUGAAGGACGAACCUGGUUCAGAAGAAGACGUAGCUGCAGUACGUGUGUUUACUUAGCGUUUGUCACCGAUUUGAAGGGUGAGCGCGGUAAACAGGGCGCAGUGGCGCGAAAGCAAAGCAAAAAAAAAAACGCAAACACGUGCCCGGUGCGCUCGUGAAGCCACGUGUACGUGUAUGUGGCCAAGCUUCCAGGUGGCAUCGCUAUCCGGUGGAGGAUAGCGGAAGGUACAACCGUUCGGUGAUUCUGCUGGGAAUCGUGUGUUAGGUGUGGAAGAUUAAAAGAAAAUUAGCAAACAAUUACUUGGCUUGUGUUUAGUGAACAAUUUCCCUUAUUUGGUAUGCUGCAACCGUGUUCGAUGGCACGUCCGUGCUGUCGCAGAGCUCCGGUAGUAUGAGUCGCUCGUGUGUAGCAUCGGGAAUUGACACCGAAGUGACCUUGUACUGCGGACGAGAGAACGACAACGCUGGUAGUAGGUGGCGAUAAAGAGGAGUCAACAUUGGAGGAGAAGUAGCAGCAUAAACAAAAACCUUUUGACGUUUUCAACGACGUCAUUUUGGAAGGAAUAUGGCAUACAAUGGACUGUCACAGCAUGUGGAAUUCAGCAGAUUGCCGAGCCCGAACGAGCGGUUCGAGCUGCUGGACCUGAUCGGCGAAGGUACCUACGGUGAGGUCUACAGUGCGAAGGACAAACACACCGGACGCAAGUAUGCGGUCAAGAUCUUGGAAAGCAUCGCCGAUAAUAUCGAAGAGAUCGAGGAGGAGUAUCUGGUGCUGCGCGAUCUCUCGAAGCAUCCCAACAUUCCCGACUUUGCCGGGCUGUUCCUGAAGCGUGGCACUACGGUCGAAGAUGACCAGCUGUGGUUCGUGCUGGAGCUAUGCACAGGAGGUUCCGUGACGGAUCUGGUUCAAGGUCUGCGCAGUCGUGGAUCACGCCUCUCCAACAACCAGAUCGCGUAUAUACUGCGGGAAACGGUGCAGGCGCUAGUGUUUCUGCACGAAAACCACUGCAUGCAUCGGGACAUUAAGGGCCACAACAUACUGCUGACGGAGACGGGCCACGUGAAGUUGGUAGACUUUGGUGUGAGUUCACAUCUUGCUGCUACCAUGGCCCGGCGUAACACGAGCGUCGGCACACCGUACUGGAUGGCACCGGAGGUGAUCGCUUGCGAACAGCAGCUAGACCAAUCGUACGAUUCCCGGUGUGAUGUGUGGUCGGUUGGAAUUACAGCGAUAGAGCUGGCGGAAGGUGAUCCACCACUUUGCGAGCUUCAUCCCAUGCGGGCUCUGUUCCAGAUCCCUCGUAACCCACCACCGAAGCUAUCCCAUCCGGAACAGUACUCGUCGAUGCUGUCCGACUUUAUCUCGGAGUGUCUCGUGAAGGAUCUUGAGCAGCGUCCAUUCUCGAAGGAAUUGGUUACGCAUCCGUUCCUGAAGAGCGUCGGUCCGUAUGUGGAUCAAAUACGGCAAGAUCUUCGAUCGGAGAUCGCUCGCCAACGGGAGGAUGGUCGAGCACCGAGUCAAGCGAUAGCUACCACAAAGUACGGUAAACUGAAGUCGGACCGCAAAUCCAAGCCACAGAAGAUGUAUAUGGACGAUCUGGCGGCGUUGGACGUACUGACGGAGGAUGCAAUUGUAGAGCAGCUGCAAAAGCGCUACGAAACGAAUCAGAUCUACACCUAUAUAGGAGAUAUACUGAUCGCCGUUAAUCCAUUCAGUCAGGUUGGCCUAUAUACGACACAGCAUCAGCGCAAGUAUACUGGACAAGCGCGAUCGGACAAUCCACCUCACAUCUUCGCUAUAGCGGAUGCCGCACAUCAAGCGUUAGUGCAUCAGCGCCAAAACCAAGCGAUCGUGAUAUCGGGCGAGAGUGGUUCCGGUAAGACGGAGAGCGCUAACUUGCUGCUCAAGCAACUGGUUUACCUUGGCAAGGCGGUCACGAAGAACUUGGAGGAACGUAUCCUGCAGGUUAACCCAAUUAUGGAAGCAUUCGGCAAUGCACGGACUGGCAUCAAUGCGAACAGUUCCCGUUUCGGCAAAUAUCUGGAACUGACAAUGGCCCGAAGUGGCAAGGUGAACGGUGCGCGCAUCUUCGUCUAUCUGCUGGAGCAAAGCCGUGUCGUUAAGCAGGCCGAAGGAGAGGGUAACUUUCAUGUGUUUUACUACAUGUACGAUGGUUUGCAGGCGGAGGGAAGGUUGGAGGAGUAUUAUCUGCAUCCCUCGUACCGGAAGACACAUCGAUAUCUGCAGGAGACGGCAACACUGCCGAAAACGAACGUAGAUCGAUGGAAGCAACUGUUGGCUAGUUUCCGUGUGUUGGGCUUUAAGGACGAUGAGGUGGAUAUGGUGAACCGUGUGUUGGCCGCUAUAUUGAACCUUGGUGAUAUCGAGUUUGGUGAGAUGGAUUCCAACGAUAAUACGGACAGCCGAGCCCGUGUUAUCGAUGUGGCUCCGAUGCACCGUGUGUCGAAGUUGCUUGGCGUUGAUUCGGCCGACCUGCUGGAAGCACUCUCCUCCAACUCGGUCGUCACUCGGGGUGAAACGAUCACACGACACAACAACGUGGCGGAAGCUUGUACCGCCCGUGACGCUAUGGCGAAGGGACUGUACGGCCGAUUGUUUGAUUGGAUGGUCAAUCAGAUUAAUCUGCUGCUAGUGCACAACAGAAAUAGCAACAGCCCGGAACAGUUAGCAAUUGGAUUGUUGGAUAUUUUUGGGUUCGAAAACUUCAGCAAGAAUUCCUUCGAGCAACUGUGCAUUAAUAUUGCCAACGAACAGAUACAGUACUACUUCAAUCAACACAUUUUUACCUGGGAGCAACAGGAAUAUAUGGCAGAGGGUAUACCGGUGGAUUUGGUGGAGUUUGCCGAUAAUCGUCCCGUGCUGGAUAUGCUGUUGAGUCGACCUUUGGGGUUGCUGGCACUACUUGACGAGGAGUCACGUUUUCCGCGCUCAACGGAUCGAUCAUUGAUUGAAAAAUUCCACAACAACGUGAAGUCAAAGUUCUACCAGCGUCCCAAAUCCGAUGCAGUCUGCUUUGCCAUUCACCACUUUGCCGGCCGAGUGGUGUAUCAAGCGGACGGCUUCCUGGAGAAGAAUCGCAACUUCCUUCCGGCCGAGAUCAUUCAGCUGAUACGGCAAAGCCAGUACGACAUGAUACGCUUCCUGUUUCAGUGUCCCAUCACGAAGACGGGCAACUUGUACUCGGCCAUUCAAGAUACCGGUUCGCGCCAGAACGUGCCGAGCUUCAUCAAGGUGGACACGAAGGAGAAAUUCAACUCACGCGGACUAGCAUCACAGUCGCGGGCCCAGCAAACGGUAGCCACCUAUUUCCGGUACUCGUUGAUGGAUCUGUUGCAGAAGAUGGUUACCGGUACGCCACAGUUUAUACGCUGUAUCAAACCGAACGAACAGAAAGCUGCCAAGUCGUUCGAUGCGGCAAAGGUGUUAAAGCAGCUCCGAUAUACGGGCGUGCUGGAGACGAUUCGCAUUCGACAGCAUGGAUUCAGUCAUCGGUUUACAUUUGCUGACUUCUUGCGAAAGUACUGCUUCCUGGCGUACAGUUUCGAGGAACGUGUCGUAUCGAACCGGGAGUCCUGUCGCUUGCUGUUAGUGCGCCUAAAGAUGGACGGAUGGGCGCUUGGCAAGUCGAAGGUGUUCCUCAAGUACUAUCACGUGGAAUAUCUAUCAAAGCUGUACGAGGAACAUGUACGAAAGAUAAUUUUGGUGCAAGCAUGCGUAAGACGUUGGCUAGCCAAGGCACAGUACAAGCGAGAGAAACAGCGCGUUGCCUUGAGUGCAGUCACGUUGCAGAAGCACGUCCGUGGAUGGUUAACGCGACGACGUAUGCGAAUACUGAAGGAGAAACAGGAACGAGAGCGCGAACGUUUGGAACAGGAACGGCUCGAAAAGGAACGUUUGGCCAAGGAGAAAAAGAACAAUGAACAAAACAAGGCCAAACAGGCACUGGCGAAGGCGAAACUAAUACAUCAGCUAUCGAACCACCAGCUGGAGGCGAAACACAUCCACGACAAGCGCAGCGUGGACAUGAACAACAAGGAAAACGAGCGGGCCGCCAUCGUCAUUCAGAGCUAUUAUCGCGGGUACACCAUCCGGAAGAUGCGCAUGACGCCGGAAAUCGAAGCGAAAACCAAAUACAUACUCGGUAUCGCGAAGAACCGCGUGGAGGCGCAGCGGAUGAUGCAGAAGGAGGGCUUCACGAAGGAGGAUGCAGCGCGCAUCAUUCAGCGCUACUACCGUACCCAGAAGAGCAAACACAGCAGCAACAAUCGGGAUGCGAUGGCGGCGGCAUCCCGGAAGGGACCGGCACCGCAACCACAGCCGAAACCGCUCACGACCAAGGACCAGCAGAUGGAUCUGAUCGCGUUCUCGCAGAACGUGCACAUGCUCAACCAGGAGGUGCACAAGAAUCUGCGCGUGAACAAGGCGGGCGUACCGCUGGAGGCGAUCGAGAAGCUGCCGAACGAUUACCGACGGCCACCUGGGUUCGUGCUAGUGCCGGGACUGCUUGGUACCGUACCGGGCGGUGACUGCGCGAAGUACAGCUCGCUCCGAAGCAUGGACUGUGACCACGAGAUGACAAAGGAACUAAUACAAAGAAGUCCACCGCCCGCAGCAGACUUUGACGACAUCUCCCCGUGGGAUAUGCCGUUCUACGAGGUGGAACGCAACCUGCGCUCGCAAAGGCAGCGAAAUAUGCAGCAAACGCCACAGCGCAUUGACAUCAAUCGGAACGACAUCCUUGGUGACCGCAAGAUGGAGCUAGGCGAUCGUAAACAGCAGCUCUCCAGCAACUGGCACCAGGCAUUCCAGGUGACGGAAGGCACGCCGCAGGAUAAGUUCAAGGGUCUUGCAAGAUCUCCACAAAAUCAAAACGAACCGGCCCAUAUUCGUAGCAUUCCAGCGUUCAGCUAUCUCAAUCCGAACAAUCAACAGAUUCUACGCUAUUCACCAAACCAGCAGCGCGACUCAUCGGGCGAACCGACCAAUCCACCCCAUCCGAGCCCGGUUCGCCAGUCGCCUGUCGAGCCGGCACGUGAAGCAUCCACGCCACCCUCCCGACUCGGGCUGCUCGGUCUCGGUGGUGGUGGUGCCGGUAAGAAAGCGGCCAAAGCUGAGAUGAAGGCACGCGAGAAGGAAAACAAGGAGCGUAAAAAGCGCGAAAAGAAGGCCAAGAAAGAGAAGGAAAAGGCCGCCGCUAAUGGGGUUACAUCGUCAUCCACCUCGUCGUCCGCCGGAUCCGCCCUGUCGAGCGGUAUUUCUUCGGGCGAGAAACAGCGUAAGGAACCGGCCGGAAGGAAGAAGCGUUCCGAUCAAUUGGCGAAAGAUGCCCAACCGGUAGUAAGUCGGUUUGCUGGUGUGGAUGACCAAUCGCUGCACGAGUAUCACCAGCAACAGCAGCAACAACACCAGCAACAACACCAGCAACAAGUACCUCAAAAACGUUUGAUUGAGCAUCACGAGUAUCAGAACAUUUCGGAAGAAACGAAAAUCGAUAGUAAGAGUCCGGUGAUGCGAAUGUUCGGUGACACGAACUUUCUCGUGAAUCAUCGGCGGAAGGCGGCAGAGCAGAAGCAGCAACAACUGGCACAGCUGCAGCAGGUCCAGCAAUAUCAAAAGCAGCAGCUACAGCAGCAACAGAAAGCUCGUCAGCAACAGCAACAACAACAACAACAACAUCAUCAACAUUUGCCACAAAACGGCGAACGAACCGGUUGGCGUCAGUCGGAACUGAACUGUGGUCAGGGUGUUUGCGAGCUGCUGAACGGUGUGUACCGGUUCAGCCCGCACGUUACCUCGUUCGCCCAGAUGGAUUCCAAGAGUGCAAGCAGCCUGUCGGACGACCGGUCCACGCUGGAUAAGGAUUACCAAAACUUCAAUGUUUCCAAGUACCUGAACAUCGACGUCAAAGGGCCGCUCCAUCAUCAGCGCGAGCGGGCACGGGACGGUGGUGUCCACGAGCGGGACGUUAGCUCCAACAGUUCCAGCCUGAGCACGGGCAGCAGCGGUAUGAAUUCGCUCAAUUCGUUCGAUUCCGUCGAGCAGGCUAUCAUCUUCCAGAAGGAUCGUAACGCCGACUCGUACCUCGGUCCGUUCAACUUCCGCCAGCUGCUGCGACCGACGCAGGGCCCGACGGAAUCACUCCGCAAGCGAAAGGGCAUCAAUCCACCGUCACCACCGCCACCGCAGCGGGGCAAAAGUUAAGCAAAGCUGGGCAGCGUGCCCAGCCUCUGUCCCGUUUCCGUCCGAUCACGUAGUUGACCGCCGUGUCGUAGCGGAUUGCCUACAUGUUAGCUGCCUUCGUUUAUGGGAAGCGUAAGUGAAAUGCAAACGUACCAAAGAAACACGAGCCAGCCCCAUCGGAGGAUUGAGCCUUUUUUGCCCGGGUGCCGGUAAGAUUCCGGACUUCCGGCUUGCCUCGUUACUUUAUACGGUAGUUAAGCAAAAGCCCUAGAAGGAGUUAGAAGCUUGGUGCGCUUGGAAGCGAACAGUUUCACUAUCGAUUUGUGGUUACACCGACAUGGAAAGCAAUUUCUCGGCGGUCUAGCUGAUGCGUACACUUUUACCAUAGUUUAAAGACGUAAAUUCUUCUACGAAUAUUGUGGAACAAUUCCGUGAAGGGAAAGCGAAGCAAAGGAAUUCCACGUUCCACGAAAAGCAACAGUUUCUUCACGCGAGUUUCCCUUGUAGUAAAGGUAAUUUAUUUAUCGCACGUUACCCACACCUUAUCUGUUCCCGUUAGCCCACUUUGUUCGUGUGUAAAAUAAUCCACCAAACGGGAGAAAAAAGGCAAACGUAAAAUUACAUUUACGAAUAAGCAAUUUCGAUGAAGUUGGAGCAAAUGCAGUGACAAAAUGGCGCGAACUGGAACCUUGCAUCGAAGGAACGAGCGACAAAGAAAAGACAAAUAAAAAGAAAACAUGGAAAUCGUUUCACUCAAUUGAGUAAUGUGGCGUGGCCCGACACGUGGUUGAACUUGGUUAAGUUAGCAGAUAGCCGAUAACAGUACAAUUCAAUGAGGUAGAAAGAAGAUAAAUUUUCGGACGAUGAAGAAAACAAAACGGACGAAGAAAGUGACGUUGAAAACUAGUAAAAAGUUUAAUGGUUCGAUAAAAUUUAUAAUGAUAUCUGCACGAAUCGUUUGCCUUUUUUUUGGUGGUAAUAAGCAUGAAUUCAGUUUGAUGAAUUUCGUUACGGGGUUUAAACGGUUUGAACUGUUUAGCGUUUAAGAUAUAUUAGGCGAUUAGGUUUGGUUUUGAAAAUAAAGGCAAUAUUACCAAUUGUUGUAAA